AUGGACACCAGAAGCCUCGCUUUAACGGCCGUCACGGGCGGCACGCGUCGAACCGGCACGACCGGAGUCGGGAGCACAACGGGCCGGCUCAACGCCAUUGCUGACGGCGUCAAUGUCUUCUACGGCGACCUCGAGGAGGAGACCAAGAUUCGGAAGCAGGCUGAGGAGAAGCGCGUGGCGAGGAUGGAGCGCGAGCUGGGGAAGGUGGAGACCGUGAUCGCCGCGGAGACGCGCCGCAGGAUCGAGGCCUCCAAGGCUUUGCAGGUCAUGUUCGAGUCGCAGCUCGAGAAGCUUCAGGCGCAGAUUGACGCUCUGGUUGCGCGCGUAGAGACGAUCGAGGCGACUCUCGUGGAGGAGAAGCGCGACAGGGAGCUGGCAGUGCAGCGAGCGAAUCGGGACGUUGUCGACAACUUUGCGGAGCACGUCAAGCAGUUUGAUGUCGAGAAGGUGGUGCGGCUGCAGAGGGAGGCGCAGACGCUGAAGCGGGUCGGCGACGAGGUCUAUAGAGUGCAGCAAAAGGCGGCCACGGUCGGGUCUGUGCACAAUCAGGCGGCGGCCUGCGUCUCACUCGCCACCGAGGCUGCACAGGUGACCGCCGAGCGGACGGCGCGCGAGGCGGCGAUCGUGCUAAUGAAGGACGACUUUGCGGCGGCGCUCGAGGUGCGCGACAAGGCAGAUGAGGUCUUCAAGGCGGAGGCGCGGCUUGCCUCCGAGGAGCAGCUGGUGGCGGCGCUGAAUGACUACACGACGGCGCUGCAAGACGGCCUCAAGAUUUUCGUAGAUAUCGUUGUGACGUUCGUGUGA